AUGGGAAGGAAAAACGGAAAUAACCUGGAUCUAAAAAGGCCUAGCCUACGUCAUGACAUAAGACCAAGAUCAAAGGGCGUGUCGAUUUCGACACCCAGAAUCUUCAUUCUGUGGAAUCCAUACAUAGAGAAGGCGAGGCGUUUAGAACUCUUGUCUCCACGAGGUUUCCUCAUACAUUUCAAUUCACAACUCAAAGGCGGCCGGGUAUUCCUCAGCUAUCAAGGCGGUGUGUCAGCAUGUACGGGUUUACAAGAAAACGAGACACUUUCACGGCCUUCUGUGGACAAAUUUGAGUGUUAUGACAAUGGUGACAACUGGAGCAUUGUCAUCAGCGUCAUAUUUGAAGACGACGCUACAGAUGGCUUUCUUGUCGCUAUUUCAGCAACUGGAGUAGGUGAACCAUUAAAUUAUUGCCGUUUAUUCGACAGGCAACAGAUCACACGAACGUUGGAAGUUUCGUCUUUAUCAGAGAAGGAAAUCUAUUUCAUUCAUGUCUAUGGCACAAGUGGAAACCGUUCUAAGAGCUACAAUGUAUUCGAGAAAGUAAUUAAUUUCAGUGACUGUUCACCACCGUGCUCAGUGAAUGAUCCCUUGUUGUCAGGAGAUAUCGCUGUUGGCAAACCAAACUUGUACAGAUCAAAUGACACAGUUCAUGCCAGAUUUUGUAUUCAUACAAGCAUUCUUAUCAACAUAAAUGAGGCCCUUACAAUAUCACACGUGAUAUUGUCUGUCAGACAAUGCUGUCGUCGACAUCAUUGCUAUUGGAAUUCACCAAGUAAUGAGAGUCCAUCAUAUCCACCAGGAAUACAUUUGAUAGACUGGCCAGUUCCUGAUUGUCCUGUUCAUAGUUGUGAUUGUGAAUUAAGGGAAGGGUCAAUCAUUGAGUUUGACGUUUGUAGAUCUCCACAUGAAAAUACUUGCCGUCAAACUAACCUGACCAUUCCAGUCACCAGCAAUCCAAGUACACGUAUGUCAAGUUGGAAGAUUGCAGUACUUGUUACAACAUUACUGUUUAUCAUCCCUAUUAUUGUAAUUGUCACUGUGAUGAGAUCUCGAAGAUCACGUCAGGUACAUCGAGGACGAGGUCAUGUACCACGACGAGAAUCAAAAGAUUUACCAAAUGGCCCUACUUGUGAUUGUGAAUGGUUUACUUCCCAAUCACCUCGAGUUUUGUUUGUUCAUUCAACUGCUGAUGAAAAUCAUUGGGAGAAGUGUCGAAAAAUGGUUGAUACAGUGAGCAGUUUUGGAAUCAAUGUAACUUCUCAUAGACUUGAAGAGCGUGCAGUCGCAGGGAAUAUUUCAACAUGGGUAACUUCACACAUUGACUGUGCAGACUACAUUGUUUACAUAUGCAGUAAAGAGUUGAAUGACGACUACAACAAUCGAGGCGGUAAUGUAGAAGGUGACUCUCAAGAGCUACGUGCUUUGUGUUACCAUAUUGGAGGUCUACCCACUCAUAAUCCAACAGAAUUUGGUCGUAAAUGCGUCCCAGUUGUAUUUCGAAUAGAGGAUAGAGACAACUAUUUACCUACGAUCAUGCGUGAUCUAAAAUACUACCAGUGGCCACUUGAAAAAAAUGACAUUGUCAACCGUUUGAAAGGUAAUUGAAAUGAUCAUAUGUACAGUUUGCCUUACUGCAAGAUGAAAGUCGUUGGACACCUGCACCGAUGACAUAGCUGAUGAAUUUGCCAUGUGACUAUUGAUCGAGCAUUUGUAUUUAAAGCACAAAACACAGUCUAGACUGUUUCUAAGCUGUAACAGCCUUCAGUAGAAGGUCAAUCAUUCAACUGCUGUGGCAAUUAUAACUAAUCGUGUAUUAUGAUUAUGGCAUAUGUAUGUAGUGAACUUGGGACACAAGGUAUGAAGUAUACGUACAAUACAGUUUGAACACAACAAUGUAACAAAGUGUGUCUA